AUGGGCUCGGACGACCGGUGGAAGUGGGUUAGGGAAGAUGGGGUAUGUUUCAAGUGCUUGAGCAGCAAGCACCGACGUAUACGCUGCAAAGCCAAGAAGUGCGGCGUCGACGGCUGUAACGCCCCCCACCACGCUCUUCUUCACACCCGUAAGGCCCGUACGCCUGCAGCGUCGGUUAAACCGGACGAAACCGUGCUCGUCGCGUCGAGUGUUAGCAGUAGUGCGUCCGUAUUGUUAAAAGUGUGUCCGAUAACCGUGCGCGGACCACGCGGAAAGGAAGUGAACACGUACGCGCUACUUGACGAAGGCUCUACGAUAUCGCUAAUCGACGACGAUUUAGCUCGCGAGUUAGGAGCGGAAGGACCGAUAAAGCCGCUCAAUAUUAAAGGCGUAGGGAACAGUCAACGCGAGGCUAAUAGGAGAUUAGUCAAUAUAGGGAUACGUGGCAAGACGCGCAGCGAGAUGUUUAACAUAAACGCGCGAACAAUAACCGACUUGAAGAUAGGCUCGCAGUCCGUGAGUAGGGAGUGCUUACGAUUAAAGCACUUACGUGACUUACCGAGUUCGGUGUGUUACGACGACGCGAAGCCAAGACUGCUAUUAGGCGCCGACAAUUGGCAUUUGAUAAUUACCCGUGCUUUAAGGAUAGGACGUCGAAGGCAGCCUAUAGCCGCACGAACGUUAUUAGGAUGGGUAAUUCAGGGAACCGUGCCGCGGUUAACGUGUAGGGAAGACGGCGAGACCGUAUUGCACAUAGAGAGCGCUAGCGGACGGUCAGAUAGGGACAUCCGAACGUUUGCCAGUCGGGACGAGGAGCUAACGGAACUCCUCAAACGGCAGUACGAGAUAGACUCUAUAGGUAUCUCGCUGAAGAGUAGGCCGCGACGGGACGAGGAGCGCGCUGUCGACAUAUUCCAGCGCACCGUCAAGAAGGUCGGCGAGCAAUACCAAGUGGGACUGCCAUGGAAGGACGACAACGUGCGGAUGCCACCCAGCUACGAGAUGGCAGCGCGAAGACUACGGACGAUCGAGAGGAAGAUGGACCAGUCGCCGGAGUUUCGUGACGCCUACACAGCCCAGAUAGACAACCUCCUGGCGAAGGGAUACGCAAGGGAAGCCGAAGGGACAGAGCGAGAGGAUCCCAAGAGCUGGUACCUGCCACACUUCGCAGUACGGAAUCCGAACAAGCCGGGGAAGACGAGAUUAGUGUUCGACGCGGCAGCGCGCGCAUCCGGCAGAUGCCUUAACGAUUAUUUACUCGACGGCCCCGACUUAUUACGGAACCUACCGGGCAUACUGUUUCGAUUUAGGGAAAACGAGAUAGCGGUGUCCGCGGAUAUUAGGGAGAUGUUCUUGCGUGUAAAGAUCGACCGUCGCGACCAGCCCGCGCAGUUGUUUCUUUGGCGAGGAGACGAGCGACACAGCCCACCGCGGUAG